CGUCGCUCCGGUGUCGAACUUCUGCCCGGCAACAAGAUGGCGGCGCUGGCACCGGAAGCGCGUUUCCUGAGGGCCCGCCAGUCUUGCUGAGGCGAUGCGUGGGGCGUCGUGUGUGGCGGUGCUGGGCCUGGCGGCGGGGCUGGCGCUGGGCCCGUCGGCCGGGGCGGUGGAGCCGCUGAGCCUGAGCCUGGCCCUGGCCGGCGCCGCCGCCUCCGCCGUCACGGGCUUCCUCUCCUACCCGCGGCUCUACUGCCUCUUCGCCCACUGCUGCCUCGAGAGGCCCGGGCCCCGCCUCGGAACAGUGCUGCAAGAAGACUUGGACAAGAAGCUCUUUGGGCAGCAUUUGGCCAAGAAGGUGAUGGUGAAGGCCGUGACGGGGUUUCUGAACAACCCCAACCCCAAGAAGCCCCUGACGCUCUCCCUGCACGGCUGGACCGGGACCGGGAAGAACUUUGCCAGCAAAAUCCUGGCCGAGAGCCUCUACAAAGAGGGCCUCAACAGCAAAUACGUCCACCAGUUCAUCUCCACCUUGCAUUUCCCUCACCUGCAGAACCUCACCCAGUACAAGGACCAGUUGCAGAUGUGGAUCCGGGGCAACGUGAGCGACUGCGCCAGGUCUGUCUUCAUCUUUGACGAGAUGGACAAGAUGCACGCCGGGCUCAUUGACGCCAUCAAGCCUUUCCUCGACUAUUACGGCGAGCUGGACGGCAUCUCCUACCGGAAGGCCAUCUUCCUCUUCCUCAGCAACGCCGGGGCCGAGAAGAUCACCGAAGUGGCCCUCGACUUUUGGCGGAAAGGGAAGAAAAGGACCGACCUGGCGCUCCGAGACGUGGAGGCCGCCGUCUCCGUCUCCGUCUUCAACAACAAAAAUAGUGGGUUCUGGCACAGCAGCCUCAUCGACCGGAACCUGAUUGACUACUUUGUGCCCUUCCUGCCCUUGGAAUUCCGCCACGUCAAGAUGUGCAUCCGGGCCGAGCUCGAAUCCCGCGGCUAUGUGGUCGACGAAGACAUUGUGACCCGGGUGGCCGAGGAGAUGACCUUCUUCCCCAAAGAGGAGAAGAUCUACUCCGACAAAGGCUGCAAGACGGUCUACACCAAGCUGGAUUUCUACUACGACUUGUAACCCUAUUCUUUUUGUAAGCCCAUUGCGGAAGAGACGGAAUCAUUUUUUAAAAUUUUUUAAACGAAGCGAUUUUUGCAGGGAAGAGACAAACGUGGUCCUCGUUUCAAGCCGCUCAAAUGAGUUUGGGGCCUUGUUUUGUUUUGUUUCCUACAACCCUGGAUAUCUAUGGGGCUGAAUUGUGAUUCCAACUCUAAUUGAAAGUGUCCGUACUGUGAAACCACGCUGAAUAAUUCAGGCCUUGCUUUUUAUGGACCUGGAACAUAUUAACGUUGGUAACUCCGAUGCAUUUGGCAAAAGCGUCUCCGAUUCUCCGGAAAUGAAGGCCUGUUCUAAUCUUAUCAAUGAGAGGCAAGAACAAUAUUUCUCAACACGGUUGCCCGGCUUUCUCGAGAAAAUUGUGACCAUUUCUACUCGUAUCAACCAAGCUGGUAAGGAUAAUAUAACAAUAUUUUUUGACUCGUAUGUUUUUCUGUUUUGGUUUAGCAUUCCCCUCUUCUUUGCCCUGAAAUUACGCAGAAAAUAUUGAGCGUAUUUUGGGAUAUACAUGAACCUAUGUGGGUUAUUAGGGUCUGAUAUUCCAAGUAUUCUCAGCAGUGAAUGUUUCGGCAACCAUGUUUUUUCUUUCAUAUUAAAUACAAUGUGAAACAUC